AUGACGCAGCCAGCCUCAGACACAUCCGAUCUUCAGAGGUUUGAUCAAAUGUUUGUACAUUUGACGCCACGUGGAGCCUCGAUACCUUACAAUGUUUGUUAUGAUCACGACGGCCAUAUUUGGGUAAGUUUUUGUAAUUUUUUUUUUGGAAAAGAAAUUGAAUUGGUCGAAAAGUAUGAAGUAGUAUUCGUAGCGAAAUUAGAUUAGCUUUUUUUCAGAAAUACUGUAUGCCGUAUAAAAUUGUCCUUAAGGAGUUUUCUACACAUAGCUCAUAAAUCGUAUCAAUUCACGGAAAGAAAGUGUAAGAAUCACCAUUUUUCAGUAAACGAAUUACUCAUUCUUUGCCUACUGCAUCUGCUAUACGUUUAUUAUCAAAAUAAACUUUCUAAUUCCAUAUCCGUCUAGUUUUUGAGUUUUUGAAAAUCUUACAUUUUUCGCAUUGAUGCUCUUUUGAAGGGUCUAAAUGUCACAGGUUUCCAAAAUCUGUCUUCUACACAUUUAAAUGUUUCCUAAAUCAAUUUAAUUUGCAGGUGGCAUCAAAAGGCGGUUUGUUCAAGAUCCACGGCACUAAGAAGACGAUGAUGUGGGAGCGGAAAAAUAUUUUCUCGAAAAAAAUGUCGCCGUUCCCGCAGGUCUGUCUGCACAAAGACACGGUAAUCGAGCAAUUCUCUCCAUCCAAACCGACUGUUUUUCUGCCAACCAACAGAUAGUUUACACCUGCGCCGAACACGCGGAGAACGUAACCGAGCUGAGAAUGUUUACGUUGGAUGGCGAGCUGAAACACGAGUCGUUUAUCGACGGAAUUGGUCAUAAUGGAUCUUUGAGUCCUCUGAAAUUGCUGUUUCAGUCAUUUCCUUGACGAUUUCCGAAGACGGCGAGAUGUACAUUACCAAGCAGCCGACCAGCAGCAAAACUUCUAUUUAUAAGUAAGUAUUGGGGAAAUUAAAUGAACCCCUGAGAAAACUAGGAAGUCGAAUCGAUUUCAAGAGAAAAAAAUAGAGAAUUUUCUUUAUGUAGAUGAGCGUCGGAUACUGACUAAUACUAUAAAAAUGAGCCUACAGAAAAACGACUUGAAAAAAACAGUUGAAGAAUUUUUUUAGAGACGAUUUUAGAAGAUGAAUGUCAAGAACACUUGUGGAAGUCUUCAGUUUUUUUCUUUCAAUAGAAAAAAUUUCAGUUGUUCCUAAACUUCUUCUUUUAUUGAUGUAUACUUCCCAGUUAGUCAUAAAAAACCAAAGAAUUCAACUUUGAAUUCCCUAAUGAAUUUUAUUUUUUAUUGUAGGAAAGUUUCGUCAAAACCUCUUCAAUUUUUGCUCCAAACACCCUUUUUUCUGUUGAAAACAUUCAUUUACCUUUAAAGAAACAGAAAAAAUAUGAAUCUACUUUUCUCUUUUGAAGGAAUAAGUGGUCAUUUUUCAAUAAUUUUGAUCAAGAACUUUUUUUUUCAAAAAUGUGCCAGACGCACCUGAAAUUCAUCUGAACCUUGUCUUUCUGGGAUUCAUUUUGCUCUCUAGAUGCUCUUUCGACGCGCCAAUCGGCUGGGAGGAGCUGCUGACGAGCGACGAAUACGCCUUUUUUUCGCCAUCUGCAGCGUCGACGAAGACACGAUCGUCGCCGCCAUGUCUGAGCAUCCCGUCACGAUGUAUUCAAAGUAAAAAAGCUAGAUUUUUGGAUUAUUUAAAAUAAUCUUAUUCCUAGACAAAAGAUGGUUUUUGUCGAUGUUCCUUCAGCUUCAAUUCGAAAAUCCUUUUCCCAGGCCGGAAAGAGCGAAGGCGACAUUUUCUUCCCUCGGACGAUAAGAAAGUGAGAAAUCGGAGUUAUAGAAAGGCCUAAAAAGAAAAUUCAGAUAUGAGGACGGAAUAUUAUUGAUGGAUAAAGCCGGCAGGUUUCUGAAGUUCGACUUGGAGGGCAACUUCCAAGGGCUGUUGGCGGAGAUCGACGCCUAUCUGGGGAACGGAUUUUGCGUCAAGGACGGAAAGGCUUUGAUGGCUCUCAGUGGAAUUGUUUAUAAUUCAGUGAGUGUGAAAGAUCUUUAAAUUACAAGCUUCCAAAUCAAUAUUUUUUUACACAACAUUUGUCUUCAGGAAGGACAAACCCUUUGUGACGAUUGGCUUGAGUUUAUCGCUUUGGACGGUUCUUCUUGGAAACAACAACGAAAAUCCGAAGCUGCUUCUUCCUGA